ACUGUGGUGAGUUUGAAGUGUCUUGUCCACGAAUUAUAUCCCGCUCCCCACUCGACCGAACUGUAGGAAUUGCAACUUUGAAAAGAAGUUGUAAGUACGGAAGACGGACAAGAGAAGUGCGUUCAGUGUUUCAAAGGUUGAGCUUAAGAAAAAACAAAAAACAUGGGUUACGACACGGCUCCGUCGGCCAUUUAUGAUUCGGAAAAAGAGCGUACCGAUGUGGAUAUGAUACGGCAUGCUGUAACGCGCAGCGACGCUGAUAUACGGCCUUUCUGAUGCAAGGUCAACAUGAUGCAUCAAGCAACUUUGCCUUCGCAGGCGUGAAUUGCAGUCCCCUGCAACGCCUAGAUCAUUAUGACAAGAAUUCCUGGUGCGACCGCGUGUGUCGGUUGCACGUGAGCCAUCCCGUCGCGUUUUGCGCGUCACUUUCGCGGCGAUGUUUGCAAGACAUGAAACAGCAUUUGCAUUUUUGAAACAAAAAGUACGCUUUCCGGCCCCUCCAUAUUCUCCACGCCUCGCAGCUGCGCGCUGUCGCACGCUUGGCACUGGACAACGAAGGUUUGAUCGCGUCCCACCCAGACCAGGCCGUCCAGGCGGUUGAGGCCGGCUUCAAGUCCCUGCCCCAUGAGGACCAGGUUGGUAUCGUCCAAUGGAUCGACCGAUCCCUGAACCCGCCCACGCACCCGUGGAUGUACUGAUUUUGUUUUAAACUUCUUUAGCUGCAUAUGUCAGACAGUUUCUCGCAGGCCAUAAGAAGCGAGCAAAGGGCUGAUUUUGUUUUAAAACCCUGAACAAACCUCAUGAUCACGCAUUCUCAACCCUGCGUUCCUACCUCCAUGUAAAUGCACACUUCACAUAGUCUUUUGUCGUGCGCUAUUCAUCAAUCCAUGUGUGAGAAGCUGCCAUCCAGUCUGAAUUUUGGCACAUAAUCACAAACUCAAUCAACACAGCUCGACGGAGUCUGGCGCAGUCCUGGGUGCCCACGACAUCGGUAUCACCUUGAUGAUAACAGCCACGGCCGCUCUUUGUUGCCUUUGUUUCCAAAAACCGCGAAGAUGAGAAUUGAUACUCAAAUGGCGGGAGCAGUGGCGAAGACAGCUGUGCACGAUUUGUCAUGCACAAUUUGUCAUGGCGUAGUUGGAUCAUCUUGCGGCACAAGACGCACAAUGUAGUUUCCCGACUAGUUCACUGUGCAUCCAUGAUGACGAUAUUGCAAAUGCAUAUGUAGGCGGUUCCGGUUUCAGCGGUAGCUUCGUCAUGACGAAACAUGUUUUCGUUUCGCGGUUUCCCAGUCAUGGGUUGUAGGAGAGGUCCGUGAAGCUUCUUUCAUCCCCAUACCUGUCGGCUCAACCUUCUACGAAAUGUUGCAAAUAUACUGUCUACUGGGUCCUCUGUACAUUUCUGAUGCGCUUGCGUCUGCGCAACCAAGGUUACAGCGAUAUGCUUUCGUUAGUAUGGCGAGUGCUCGUUUUUGCGCAUGACACCGAGAUGAAGCAACGCAUCCCCACGGCGGCAUCCACGCAUCCGAAAGCCCAAAAAUCUGGUGAUGGGAUCGAAAGUUUUCUUGCAGUAUCAUUGGGUCCACACGAGUUGCAAGGAAAAUGAAUACGUGAGUACUACUCUACAAAGAGCACAGACUAGUACCCUACGACGCGACCUAUUUGCAAUGCAUACUCUUUUCAUCGCGAUGAACAUGAUGUUGGCCUUCACCGUUUUCUUCCUGCUCGAGCGAAACGCAGUGCCCGCCCAGUGGAAGCGGUCCGUCACCGUCGCCAUGCUUGUCACGGGCGUCGCGUAUUGAAAUACAAUUUAGAUAGAUGAGUGCUUCUUGAUUCUUCGCCUCGCUUGUUUCACGCAGGCGGCGUUGAGCCUAGUAUCCUCCUUGACAGAGUAACAGAACAUUUUGAGGCGGAAAAAGAAAUGCUACGGGGACAAGUUAGUUGCCCUUUUGGCAUAGCUGGAAGUAGCGUGGUUUGCAGCGAGUUUCAGUGUCUCCUAAAACUGUGAGGACUGAUGAUGCGUGACAUGUGCAGCUCUAACUCAACUAAAACAAAACUACAGGUUCUGGAACUACUUCUACAUGCGAGGGGCGUGAUAUGCAGGGAAGCGAGGUGUUUCGGUUCUGGAAAUCGGUCCUUUACAAGUUCGUCUUGUUUGUAAACUGCCAUGUACGACAAGAUUCUAAUGUCAUGCGCAAUAUUGGAAGUUGAACUUGAAGUGGUUGUUGAGGGAGCGCUCCGGGGGCUCGAUGUCUUUCUCUGUGGCUAAUGCUUGAAAGAACAGUUUUUUGUAUUCUGGGAGCGUCGCGCUUUUGGGCUUGUUCAUGAUACGCAUGCGACGCGAGGAUUUCGAUUUUCCCAGUGAGGUAUCUUCCAUUGAGCCCAACUAGAAUCGUGACCGACUCCUUCCCCUGCAUACGCUGGUGAAGACGCAGCAGAGUAUCCGCCACGACACAAAAAGAUAAAGGAUCCGAGUUUUUGCCAUGAUAAGUAAUUUAGUCGUAUAAAUUAUUUUUUCUACUAAAAAACAUGUUGCUGUUCUGGUGAAUUCUGGUGAUGAUGUUCUCUACCUAUGUAAUGAUUCACCAACUAAACAAAAAUUCGUGCUCCACGUGCGAACGUUUUGGCAUUUCAUACUCCGCCCAACCGUCUACCGGUACACCGAUAUCGCACACAGAAGGUUGUAGUGCUGUGACGACCACAUCUGUGCUCUGCUGUUUUGCAUUAAUUCGAUUCCGACCACUGAGGUCGUUCUUUUAAUGUUGCGUUCGUGGCAGUAAGGACGCCGGAAUUGUAGAGUAGAAAUAGGGUUUGUCAUGCGCCUUUUAGAGAUGAAGAAGAAACAGGAGGUCAGGCACUAUUUUUUUGCAGGGUGCAAGAGAAGAAAUGAAGAACCAAAACAACGUAUGUGUCUGACCACUUCUUUGAAAUUUGUACUGAUGCAUAUGUAAGAGGUUGCAGUAAUACGUCUUUUUCUUUUCAUACCUCACUGGCUGAUCACCGUGCCGCUCCAGAUCGUCGAGUUCUAUCUGAUCCUGCAGGUACAAGUGUUUUUCGUUUCGAUUGAUGCUUUCCCAAUGCAGAAUAAUAUCAUGAAUGAUCGCUCCCUAGUCGAAAUCCACAUCUUUUUGACAUGAGCAAGUUGCAAACCUAGAUUGCGAAACCGCACUGGAAUAAUACACACGAAACAUCCAUUUCCUUUUUGAACUACUCGUUGCUCUGUGGCACCUACAGCUGCAAACAGUCGUCAAAUCAUGAAAAGCUGUUGACUGAAAUGUAAAAGGAAGGAAGUGGAAGACAACAUCCUUUAAAAAAAAGCAGUACGUACUGAAAAGUAUUUUGAUUUCACGUCACUUUCAGGCUACGACCAACGUGUCUGUGAUGCUGUUCUGGCGCCUCUUGAUUGCUUCCAUCGUCAUGCUGGUCGGCGGGUUCUGCGGUGAGGUCGGCGCCUGCUCCGUGUUGGUCGGCUUCGUGGUCGGCAUGUUGGGCUGGUUGUACAUCCUGUUCGAGGUCUUCUGCGGGGAGGCGGGCGCGAUCGUAUCCUGUGCAAAAGUAUCGUACUCGUACUAAUUGCAAAUAUGCAUGACAAAUCUUCUUCUUAAGGUAAAACAGCAUUACAAAUUCGAUUUCUCUUCUUGCCAUAAUUUGUAAUGCAAUUUAUGCUAGUGCGAUGCUUUUGCAAUGCAUAGAUCGCCGGCAACGCCAACUCCAAGGCCUGCGCGUCCGCGUUCAACACCCUGUAUCCUGAGUGAAAACGUCCCCACACCAGAGUUGUCAUGCAGAUUUGCCAUGACAGGAACAGUUGUGAUGCGCAACCCCAUGACAGGCAUUUUCAAUCGUGUUUGGGAACUUUCAGCAGAUCGAUUUGUGAUGCGGCUUUCCUUGCUAACUGCACUACCUUACGGACUGAAACUUGUCACGCGUGACUCCCAAAAGUUCUAGGCUUGUGCUGCAAAGUCCCCAUCUUGACUCUGGUGUGGGGACGUUUUUAAUCAGGACGCCCUGCGCUUGAUCGUCUCCGUGGGCUGGGCCAUCUACCCGAUCGGCUACUACAUGGUCUACUUGGGCCCGACCUUCUCCUACCACGCCGACUCCGUCGUCAACAUCAUCUACAACUUGGCUGGUAAGUAGUUAGAUAGCGCUACAACAACGUUGCAAGGAUAGAAUCACGUUGUUGUGCCAUGCUCUGCUCUACAAUUUUUUGUCGCCCCGAGUUGUAAGGAGGUGUUUCUUGCGUUAUGCAGUGAUGUGGGUUCCUAAUUCUAUGCUUUAUUCAGUUCUGGAUCAAAAAAAAACCAACACAGAUUUCGUCAACAAGGGUGCCUUCGGCCUGUGCAUCUGGGCCGCCGCCUAUGUAGUGUAACCCGUGGUCUGGAUCUGGAAGCAAAGCGGGCAAAAUUUUCACAUUGCGUGACAGCUGUAUAUAAAUCUUGCCGAAAAUGACAUUGGUGUUGCUGGUCUCUCGCUCACGAGGUUGCGAUUGGCAACAUUUCUGCUUGGGCCCCUUCAGGGCUCGUCCGCUACCGUAACAUCAUGCAACUUCUGUCACGCACAGUGCAGGUUGAAAUUGAAACUGCAAGUGAUGCCGGGCAUCACAGUGCAGGUUGAAAUGAAACCGUAAACCCUAAACCCCUGUCACGCUCAUGCAUUGAUUGCCGGGCAAGGGCAAACCGCUUUUAUGAUUUGCUGUUGUACAUCAAUUGUGUCUGUCAGUAUCCGCUUCCUAGAAAAAACCAGACCCGCUCGUCCCACUGCAUACGCGGAAGUCGGACGUGAAGAAGGGCCUCCUGGCUUAAGUGCGCUUGCAGCUCAGCGUCAGAGUUUUAGUACGCACACCGCCAUGAACGAAUUCACUAAAAUGUAGAUGUAGAAACAGAGCAACGUGCAAUGUCGCUUUUAUUUUUACCACGCACGGCGUAGAAGUAUCUACCAUAUGAAACAAACCAUAACACGUGGCAAAAGCGAAGGACUGCGAGCAACGGCACGCGAUGCUGCUCAUGACAAUAUCAUGCGGCGGAAAGGAAAUUAGGAGUUGGAAAAUAAGUAACCACUUGAUAGCACAUUACUUUCUCAAGUUUCGUUGAUGCGAACAGUACAUCAAUCAGGAUAAGACCCUUUUUACUAGUUGUAGUUGUUUCUCAACUACCAUCCAGGCGGAAAACUACGUUCUCUGUACUUUUGGAACGCCAGAACGUAGAAGACCACGCUCUGAUCUACUUAUGAACCAGGGCACAUGCAAACGUGGUCACUAGUGAAAGGGACCAGAACGAGUCAGUGAUCAAUAGUAUCCAGCGGAAAAGUCUCCGUCCCGCCACAGAAGUAGGUCCGUAAUCCGCCGUCCGUGCGGCUAGCAGCACUUGUUUGCAAGACGGUAGAAAAGUUCUUCAGCAGUAGGCCAACCAGCUGCGGAAAUUUGAAAGAAGGGCCGCACUUACUAGGGCUUUUGGGGAUGGCGACUUUCGCGCUGGAUACACAUUGGCAACAGCAAGUCAGCACCUAUCAGAAUCAUUUUACCAGUUUAGAAUCAGGAAUAGAACCAAUAAGUUUUGUGAAGGUUUAGCAAUUAGGUUUCAAAUUUUUACACUUGCGCACCUGCAAGAAAAACAGAACUGCGCUUGCGCAAGUCGAAGUUGGGCAUCAGUUAUUGGAGCCCGCAGGUGCAGGAAAUUUCGAAGUACAGAAACACGCCCACACCUGUCGCUUUAUCGGCCGACAAUUUUAUUACACUGCGCCUCUAGGACUGCAUGCAGACGCACUGGAAGCAUAAGUUGAUGAGACGAACCUGCAUCACGCUACACAGUCGGGACGGGAGAAGAGGCAUGAUAGGCAGCGUGUGCGGUAUUUUUACCUCUCGAAAUUUUCUCGUUAGACAGUAUGGGUUGAUGAUUAUCAUUAAGCACAACUACAGGAUAAUUGUAAGGGAUCCUCAUUACGUUCAAAUCUGGAGGACCAUAUCCUCAUCUCAUGUAGAAUCACAGUAUCAUCUAUAUCGGACCGCAUAGCAGAAAAAGAAGGACCCUGACCCGUUGCUGCGGGAGGUACGCAAAGCACUCAUACACCCCCGCCUCUUUCAGACUGGUCUUGGCACUGUAGGGAUGAGAAUGAAUAACAAGUAAACCUGAAAUGUGUGUUGAACCGAUCAUGCUGAAAUUUUUGUACAGAAGAAGUGCUGGUGACUCGCAGCCAUCUGUUAAAGCCUGCGCAAAGUUGCAGACAAAUUUGCACCACAGCAGUCGGGGCAAUCAUGUUGCCAGCCUCUCAUCUUGCAUGACGACAAUGUAGGCGGGGGUAUGUUUGUCAAUCAUACAGGAUACGCCAUAUGUAGAAAACAUUCAGGGAUUCUCGAACACUACUAUCGAAUGCAAAUAUACCGGGUUUCGCGACAAGAUAGCACCUCGUCAGCAUGAUCUUGUAUUGCGAGAGAAAAGUUCACAUUUGCGAUAUGCCGAUGCAAAUUUCAUCAUACCUUUAGUGGUGCUGAAAACACAUGAUUUUCUUGUCGGGAAAUGAGGCAUAUUUUCUCCAUGCAUAAUCAGCAACACACUGCAAAAGUUGUAGCCCAUUGCGUAGGCUGACGACGGUUGCAGCCGAGAGCUAUGCUACAGGUCGCAGAUUUGACACAUGCGUGAACAUGAUAAGUUUUCCGAAACAGCAAACGACGGUAAAACACAUCAAAAAACACAUUUUUUAAUACUUAUAAAGAGAGCGCAACAAAGCGGCGUCUCCUGCAAGAAGUUCCAUGAUUCUUGCAUCGCCCGCUCGAGCACGAGGCUCCUUUGUGGUGCUAUCGAAUAGUGGCGCUGCACGUUCAACCUCGGUGCUGUGUUGCUCUUUUUGUGUCAAAUACUUGCUUGGCCUCAUUGCUUUGUGAUUGUCGUAUACUGCUUACUGUUUGACAGCGUUUGCAAUAUGUUUUGCAUGUAAAUGAGUGACCGAAGUCAGACGUAGAAGUGGAAUUUUCUUUCGCUCUGUCCCUGCCGUCAGCGUGAUAUCUC